GUGGCAUCGUCACUCGUGGGAUGCUGCCAACUCACAAAGUCCGCCGUCACGCGCGGCUCGAGAGUGGCUGACCGGGAUAUUUCUAGUCCGGCUCAUUUUGCAGCUUAGUACCUGAAUAUCGCGUGUGCAUGGUGCAUCUAUGCGGCGCAACCGAGUGUAUAAAUAAAUUUUUCGCGCUUAUUUCGAUUUCUGUCGAAUCGUGUGCGCAUCGCCCGAUCAUUUGUGACGAAUGUGAAAGCCGGAAGUAUGGCCACUAGGAAGAUUAUAAGACCGAGACGGAAACGAUCUGACGAUCUUUCCGGGUCAAGGUGGUCAGAAAUGUCGGACAAGCCGAAAGAACCGGCGAGGCCGCCAAGAACGAAGCAGCAGGCCGCGUAUACGACGACGACUCAUAAUUCGAAUUUUGAAAAUAUUACACAACAUAGCGCCAGAGAAAUGCAACAAACACCGACCGAGAAGGCCCCGAUGACGAUCCUCGACGAAAACGUGAAUCGUGUACCACGACAACAGCAUAAGACAGUUGAAAACAUGGAUUACCUAGGAAUAAACGAUCGAAUAGAAACCAUCACGUCGAUGGAUGCACAAGCGCACAAGGAUAUAACGGACGGUGGACGACCUGUCCAAGUGGUACUUGCCCAUCCAGAUCAUACCUUCGAAUUGGAUGAAGAGGCUUUGUCAGAAAUCCUUCUACAUGAUGACGUGAAAGAUAGAAGUGUGGUUGUGGUAUCUGUUGCAGGUGCCUUCAGAAAAGGCAAAAGUUUCCUUCUUGACUUUUUCCUUCGUUACAUGAACAGCAAGUACACAUUACAUAGCAAUACCGAUGCUUGGUUGGGCUCCGAGGACGAGCCGCUGAGCGGUUUUUCAUGGAGGGGCGGUUCCGAGAGGGACACCACAGGAAUAUUAAUGUGGUCGAAAGUUUAUCCCGCCACCUUGGCGAACGGUGAAAAGAUCGCUGUGAUUCUUAUGGAUACCCAAGGCGCUUUCGACAGUCAGUCGACGGUGCGGGACUGUGCGACAGUGUUCGCGUUGAGUACGAUGUUAUCCUCCGUACAAAUAUACAAUCUAUCACAAAAUAUCCAGGAGGAUGAUCUUCAACAUCUACAGCUAUUCACCGAGUACGGUAGACUGGCGUUAGAGAGCUCCGACAGCACUCCCUUCCAGAGACUACAAUUCUUAAUCAGAGACUGGGUUUAUCCGUACGAGGCUGAUUACGGCGCGGACGGCGGAAAAAAAUUACUCGACAAGAGACUGGAGAUCUCCGACAGGCAGCACCCCGAACUGCAGAGUUUGCGGAAGCACAUCAAGUCCUGUUUUUCAGAUAUAUCGUGUUUCCUCAUGCCGCAUCCCGGUCUCGAGAUCGCGACAAAUCCGAAAUUCGAUGGUAGAUUAUCCGAGAUACAAACUGACUUCAAAAAACAAUUAAAAGUGCUUAUACCGAUGAUACUGGCGCCGGAAAAUCUGGUGACCAAGAAAAUCAACGGCCAGGUCGUAAAAGCGAAAGAUCUAUUGGAAUAUUUCAAGAGUUAUAUUAAUCUUUACAAAGGAGAUGAACUUCCUGAACCGAAGAGUAUGCUUGUGGCCACAGCAGAAGCUAACAAUUUAACGGCUGUAGCCGAAGCUAAAGAUUUAUAUCUUCAGAUGAUGGAAAAUGUGUGCGGUGGUGCAAAACCAUUUAUGGCGACUGCGCACUUGGAAUCUGAACAUCAGCAUUGUAUGACCUCAGCUCUUCGUCAGUUUCAAAAUAAACGAAAAAUGGGUGGAGAAGAGUUCAGUCAAAUAUAUAUGGAAAAAUUGAUUAAGGACAUGGAUGAUGCUUUCAAUCAGUUCAAGGCGCACAACGAGAGCAAGAAUAUCUUUAAAGCAGCGCGGACGCCUGCAGUGUUUUUCGCUAUUGCUGUCACUAUGUAUAUUUUGUCCGGAAUAUUUGGUCUUGUUGGUUUAUACACGAUAGCGAAUGUAUGCAACCUUAUAAUGGGUGUCGGCCUCCUCACGCUUGUCUUAUGGGCGUAUAUAAGGUAUAGCGGAGAAUUCAGAGAAAUUGGCACGCAAAUAGACGAUUUAGCCAGUAAAAUAUGGGAAAAUUCUACUAAUGAAAAACGAUAUUUCAGAAAGGUCUGGCUAUGCGCUCAUCUUUGUUAUAAAUUAACGUAUAACUUAAGAUACCUGAUCCUGUCCAUUAUUGUAAUUGUAUUUGCAAUACCUAUAUGUCAUUUUACUUAUCGUGAUCUCCGCAGACACGGUUACAUCUGAUCCUACGCUUUUCUUCUUUUCUAAUUUCAAUACUUACAAAUGAUUUUAAUUUUAUAUUGCUUCUCAACACUGUUUACGUUUCUUACACAUCUGUGUUUCACAAACUUGUUUCUUGUUAAUCAGAGUCGUUUAAUGGUACAAACGUAACUAUCAAUAUCAUUCAUUUAUUGUUAUUUUUUUAUUCCUAUCAUAAGCUGAGUGCUAACAGGAGCAAAUAUCGAAAAGUUCAUGAAGCCACUCUACCAACAAUUUGUGGAGAAGUCAAUGUCUGUAGCAGUGGCGCAGGCUGCU